AUGGAAGAACUUACAGCUUUUGUAUCCAAAUCUUUUGACCAGAAAAGCAAAGAGAGCAGCAGCAGCAGUGGCAGCAGCAACAAGAAGGAAACGAUCACGUACAGGGAAGUUUUGGAGAGUGGGUUGGCUCGCUCUAGGGAGCUUGGAAACUCAGACUCUAAUCUGCAGGACAUGACUGAGAGCAGCAACCAUUGCCCAGUGCAUCUUUUCAAAGACCACGUAGAGAGCGACAAGGACAAACUGAAGGAGUUCAGCACGGGCAGGACGGCGGAAGGGAUCUACGAGUGCAAAGAGAAGCGGGAAGAUGUGAAGUCAGAAGAUGAAGAUGGACAGACCAAGCUCAAACAAAGGAGAAGCAGAACCAAUUUCACACUAGAGCAGCUGAAUGAGCUGGAAAGACUUUUUGAUGAGACUCACUAUCCGGAUGCCUUCAUGAGGGAGGAACUAAGCCAGAGGCUGGGACUGUCUGAAGCUAGGGUUCAGGUCUGGUUCCAGAACAGGAGAGCAAAGUGUCGAAAGCAGGAAAAUCAGAUGCACAAAGGUGUGAUCCUGGGAACCGCCAGCCAUUUAGACGCCUGCAGAGUGGCUCCGUAUGUGAAUAUGGGAGCCCUGAGGAUGCCUUUCCAACAGGUCCAGGCGCAGCUGCAGCUGGAGGGCGUCGCCCACGCGCACCCGCACCUGCACCCGCACCUGGCGGCCCACGCGCCCUACCUGAUGUUCCCGCCGCCGCCCUUCGGGCUGCCCAUCGCCUCCCUGGCGGAGUCCGCCUCCGCCGCCGCCGUGGUGGCCGCCGCCGCCAAGAGCAACAGCAAGAACUCCAGCAUCGCCGACCUGCGGCUCAAGGCCAGGAAGCACGCCGAGGCCCUGGGGCUCUGA